AUGAAGAAAGGUACUCGACGCAUACAAGCGGAGUCUUUUAUGAAUCAAGUCUUACCACAAGAACAAACGUCAUUAGCUAGUGAAGUGAGUGACACGUUGGACAUCAUGGAACCUCUUGUAGUAAAAGAUCAACCGACACUACAAAGAAAUAAAGGAUAUGGAAGUAUGAUAACAAGUGAUAAAGUACUACAAGAUGGGGACAAUGUGCUGGUAGUGAGUGACCAAGUAAUGGUAUCAGCGAUUGCCAAUCUCAGUACUGCUUAUAAUCUGGCAGUAAUCAAUUAUGCGUUAAUGAUGUUACAACGAUCGUAUCCCGAUUCAAGUCCUGAGUUGAGAUCUACAGUCGAUUCGUGCUCAUUGGUAGGUGCUAUUGUGGGACAGCUUGCGUUCGGCUAUGUAGGGUCAGUCAUGGGACGAAGAAAAGGGAUGAUCUUUACACUACUGCUGUCCAUUUUAGGGGCUGUAGCGAGUGCAAUUUUACCAUGGGGCAACAAAUCUGUUUACCAUAUCUUGGCUGCGUGUCGAUUCGUGCUGGGCGUAGGUGUAGGAGGGGUCUACCCGUUGUCAGCAGCUUCUGCUGUAGAAUCUACAGACAGUGAUGAUGAAUUGAAAAAGAGCAAAGUUGUGGCGGCGGUGUUUGGUUUUCAGGGUAUCGGGCAGCUACUGGCACCUCUCAUGGCAUAUAUCAUGCUCGCUCUGAAUACACAACGAUCCAUUGGAUGGCGAGUACUACUGCUGAUCGGUGCGUUUCCUGGGUUGUUUGUACUGCGACGCGCAUUUCAAGUCAAAAAAGAGCUGACACCGUUAUCAACGACUCUACCGAUUGAGCCAAAAACGAUGGAUACGGAGACGCCUUCUAGAUCCAAGUUGUGGAGCAAAGUGCAAGCAAGUUCGUUGCUACAGCGUAAACUCUUCGGUGCAAGUGCAAGCUGGUUCCUUUUCGACGUCACCUUUUACGGAAAUGUAAUUUUUACGCCUAUAAUUAUGCAAGAUACCUAUGGUUUGGAUAAACACCACUUUGCAGAUGUUGCUCUCUGCUCUUUAGUUGUGGCAGCCAUUGCGUUACCUGGCAACUUGCUUACCGUAUUCAUUGUCGGCAAGAUGAGCUUCAAGACGAUUCAGAUUAUGGGUUUUGUCGUCAUGGCUCUGCUGUUCCUAGCUCUUGGACUAUUCUAUGAUCAACUACUGCAUCACAAUUACAAAGGACUUUUGCUUGGAAUGUACGCACUUACAUUUUUCUUCUCGAAUUUUGGACCAAAUGUCGGUACCUUUUGUCUUCCAGCGGAGCUUUUUGCGGAAGACGCGCGUGUUGAGCUCAAUGGUGUUGCUGCAGCUGUUGGGAAGUUGGGAGCUGCAGUCGGGGCCGCAUCGUUUAGCAUUAUUGAAGCGCGAUUUGGCGUAUCACGUCUUUUGAUGCUCAGUGGCAUGGUCUCUUUUGCUAGUGCUAAUCUUGUAAAAUUCAAGUCACGUCGACGUCGUGCAGAUGGAAAUGGCAAUCUAACGGUUGAACAAAAGCGUCGAAUUUGUGAAAAACAUCGGAAUACACCUAAAAUUACGCAAAAGGACCUUUGUCGCUGGGCAAAACUUGAGUUUAAUCUCCAACGUGCCCCAACUCAACCGACCAUGAGUAAUAUCCUUAAACAUGAACACAUGUUUAAGGAUAAUGUAUUAGGUGUACUUGGUUCACAACGAAAGACCAUACGUCCAACACGUCAUGCCCAUUUUGAUCAAGUAUUAGCAAAUUGGGUCAUGGAACGUCAGAAUAAGGGCAAUAUUACAGGUGAUAUGAUUAAAACCAAAGGACGUGAACUUGUGAGACAAAUGGGAUUGGAAGGUAAAUUAGGCUUUUCGAAUGGAUGGUUGGCCUCGUUCAAGGCUCGUCAUGGUCUAAUGAAACGGACGAACAAUCUCCAGAAUGACAAGAUCACGGCGGUUAGUCAUAGUACGACAAACAAGGAUGGUGCUGCGUAUGGUGGUAUUUUGGACGCAAAUAGCGGGAUGCUGCCCAAUGGAUUGUCAGUGGACCCAAAUUAUAUGUUACCACCUGUGUCCAUGGACUUGUCCAUUGACCAGAUUCAGGAAAUGUUGCAUGAUUAUGUGCCAAGUGAUGUCUAUACUGUGGAUGAGACAGGCUUGUUCUUUCGUGCAUCACCCAAUAAACUCGUACAAGGUGAUGAAGCGCAGUCAAUGUUAGCGGACGAGGCAAGACUGACUGUGCUACUAGCAGUCAACGCGGACGCCUCGGAUCUCAUGGAGCCGUACAUUAUUGGUAACGUCGUGCCCCCCAAGAACAUUAAAAUGGCCUCCAUCUCGCAGCUUGGCUACCACUAUGUUUGCAGCAGUAAGGCUCGCAUGACGGUGUUCAUCUUUCAGCAGUGGCUGCGUGAUUUUAACGCGCGCAUGGCUAGUGCCCACCGCAACGUGGUGCUGUUAAUGGACAAUGCACCGUCUCAUGUACUGGGUUGCGUUGCACUUUCAAACGUGCGUGUCGUCAUGUUUGCGCCUCACUUGGGCAUGAAGGUGCAGCCUAUGCGUGGCGGUAUCCUGUCCGCUUUCAAGGGUAAGUACCGUCUCAAACACCUCACUUUGGCUAUUGAUCACCUGGAGGACGGUCUGUCGAAUGUUUACCACGUGACACAGAUUCAGGCUAUGAGCUGGAUUGUGGAUGCGUGGCAGCAGAUCUCAAAGGAGAUGAUUGUGAAUGCUUGGAAGCCGCUAGGCAUUACAGCGCCUUUCACAUUCGACUCGAACAUGGAUGGAGCAGAUGACAAGAAUGUGGAAGAAGAGCUGUGGGGCCUGCUUUAUUGCCUGCAGCUGAGCGGUAUUGUUAACACAAAGGUGUUAGUAAACUCGCGCUGGGAGAAUGAUAUUCACAAGCGUCUUAACGAAGACAUGAUUGAAGAUCCGAAGGAGAACGACGAGGAGUUUCGCAUGCCAGAAACCGUUCCUGUGAAUCACUCAGGCAGUGACCACUUGUCUGGCGAGGAAGACCACCAUCCGGGUAUUCAAUCUAUUACUGGCAAAGAACAGUUAAAGGCGUUCCGUGACGUCAUUCGUCAUUUGGAGCGUACGGGCGCGGGCGAUUCUCGCGAUCCGCAGCUGAUGAACGUCAUUGAAUUUCUCAAGAAGAAGCAGCUGAGUCUGCGUUUUGACAACGCUAGCAACUCGACGCUUACGAUAUAA